AACACUCAUUCUAUUUUUGGGUUGAUGUCACUAAAAUAAAAUAGACCUCUACUUAGUGAAAGAUUCUAAUGCUGAUCAAAAGAUUAAAACUGAAAACAUUUUAUUGCUAAGUUGCCUCAGGACAGGGAGAAAAAUGUCAGAACAUACAGUUCAUGUAAGAUGGAGGAGAGACGGGUGAGUGAAGGCUAGAGACCAUGACGGAUUAUGAGAAGCUUUGACCUGUUAUGUUGGGAAUGGGCAACAGCGGAAUCAUAAGCGGGUUACAAAAGUAUUACUGCCAAAGAAGGAGCGGCCGGUGUGCUCUGAUCGGCUGCCUUCCAAAGGAGGAACAGAUAGGCCGCUGUGCCCUCAGUGUCCGAAAAUGCUGACGGAAAAAGAAAUAAAAAUCCAGCAUCACGAGGAGAACGUUGCACAGUGUGAAAAUGCCUCCUUGAAGACUCGAGA